AUGGCGGCGAAUGCAGAGAUGACUGGAGGGGAAACUAUGGAGUAUGAACUAGUUCCACCCGAUGGAGGAUGGGGUUGGAUGAUUGUGUUAGGGGUCGCGCUCGGCAAUAUGACUGGUCAGUGCCUCGUGGCAACAUUCAGCCUGCUGUUUGGAGACAAGUUACAGUCGCUGGGCCUCAACACGACCAGCGCUGCCGUCAUCUUGAACACCAUGAUGGCUGUGAUGCAGUUCUCCGGUCUUCUCACGGGGCCAUUGCUGAAGAAAUUCAGUGUACGUCAAGUGGCUUUCAGCGGGGGCUGCUUUGUGGUGGCUGGGAUCCUCCUCACCAGCUUCGCCAAUUCCUUCAUCCAGUUCAUUAUCACCUACAGCAUCUUCUUAGGUCUCGGCAGUGGGUUGGUGGCGCCCUCUAGCUUCAUAGCAGUGAAAUCAUACUUCUUGAAAGCACGAGGGCGUGCCGUCGGCAUGUCUAUGGCGGGUGGCAACGUGGGGCAGAUGGUGAUGCCACACCUGGUGCGCUUCCUGCUGGAGAACUACGGCUUCAGCGGCGCCAUGCUGGUGCUGGGAGGCGUGGCGAUGCACCUUCCGGCAUGCAGCCUCCUCUACCAGCCGCUGGAGUGGCACGCCGAGCGCCGACUAGUCGCCGGUGAGCUGAAGCCGCUGAAGGGCGAGCCAGACACUUCCACAGAUCGCACUGCAGUGGACAAGGAGUCGCCCAAGGUCCGGCAACCGAGGCGUUUCGCGUCCGUGGCGUCACUAGCCACAUCCGAGCUGGGCGACAUGAGCGAAGCCAUACCUGUCGAUAACAAGAAGUGUCUACCUCCCGCUAGCGAAGAGGACCCAGGCCCUAUCCAGCAGAGUGAGUACCGACGGAUAUGUUUCAACAUCUUGUCGCUCUACUAG